GGACAGUCACUGAGUGAGAAUAACACUCGCUCCGCAGGCAGAGACUCACAGCACUGAAAGACAACAACAUACAGGAUGGAUGCUCUUUAAACUGAUAAACAUAGAUGAGGCUUUUAGAUUCUUUGAUUUGUUCAGUUAUAUCUUUUAUUGUGCAAAGUUUUAAUCAUUGUUUUUUUUAGACAUUUCUUUUUUUGCAGCAAAGCUAAAUACUUAAAAGAAUUUAUUCACUUUCAAAUAUUCAAGAGAAAUGUUGGAUUUUUCUUUACUCCCUGUAAAUAGUGAUGCUCCAGCUCUGUUGGAAAAAGAAGACGGACCAGCUUCUGAUUGGUGAAGAACUCUGGCUUUGGAUCCAUCAGACAGCCUACUCUUUGGGAGGGAAAUCCCAGCAUCUGAGUAAUCCACAGCGUCUCGCUCUGUUGCAGUCUCUGUUUUGACCUGAGCGAUCUUGGUUUUCACGUUUCAAGGAAGGAAUUGAAUCAUUUAAUCAUUUUCCAUGGACGGAGGAGGAAACUUAAGUUAAUUUUUGCAACCAUCUACCGAAUACCUAAGAGAGUUUCACAGAUGUGCUGACGUUUCAGUGAAGAAGUUCAGUGUCAGCAUGGAUCAGCUGCCAGUCAUAAUACUGUUAAUGGUUUUCUCAUGUGGGAUUCAAACUGAGCUGUUACAAACACAUGAAGAGGUGUGUCCUGGUACUCAGAAUGGACUGAGCUCCACCGGCUCACAGCAGAAUCAAUACAACCUGAUUAAAGAGCGGUAUGAAGGCUGUGAGAUUGUCAUGGGAAACCUGGAGAUUACUCAGAUUGAAAGCAACUGGGACUUCUCCUUCCUCAAGACGAUCCGAGAGGUGACCGGUUACAUCCUUAUUGCGAUGAACCACUUUCAGGAGAUCCCCUUGGGUCAACUGCGGGUCAUCAGAGGGAACAGUUUGUAUGAAAAACGCUUUGCCCUGUCAGUUUUCUUCAAUUAUCCCAAGGAUGGCUCCAGUGGCCUGCGGCAGUUAGGGCUUGUGAAUUUGACAGAAAUUCUGGAGGGCGGAGUACAGAUUAUCAAUAACAAAUAUCUCAGUUAUGGCCCCUGGAUCUUCUGGCGAGACAUUGUACAGGACAGCACUGCGCCAAUAGAAAUCCAGUACAAUGGAGAAAAAGGCUCCUGCCACAAAUCCUGUGGAAAUUAUUGUUGGGGACCAAACGAGCAUCAGUGUCAGAUCUUGACUAAGAUGGUGUGUGCCCCGCAGUGUAAUGGCCGCUGCUUCGGAACCAGCCCUCGGGACUGCUGUCACAUAGAGUGUGCAGCAGGAUGCAGAGGCCCUCUGGAUUUAGACUGUUAUGCGUGUCGUCAUUUCAAUGACUCUGGAGCCUGCGUAUCUCAGUGUCCCCAGUCUCUCAUCUACAACAAGCAGAAAUUUCAAAUGGAAACCAACCCCAAUGCAAAGUAUCAGUAUGGUUCAAUCUGUGUGUCUCAAUGCCCCACUCAUUUUGUGGUGGAUGGAAGCUCCUGUGUGAGGGUCUGUCCUCCAGACAAAAUGGAGGUGGACCGAGAUGGUCAGAAGCAGUGUGAGCCAUGCAGUGGAUUCUGCCCAAAAGUUUGUGAGGGUACAGGUGCAGAGCACAGGCAGACGGUGGACUCCAGCAACAUCGACAGCUUCAUCAACUGUACCAAGAUCCAGGGCAGCCUUCACUUCCUGGUCACAGGAAUCCUCGGAGAUGACUUUAAAAGCAUCCCACCACUUGACGCGAAAAAGCUAGAAGUUUUCCACUCUGUGAGGGAAAUUACAGACAUUCUGAACAUCCAGUCGUGGCCCGAAGAACUGAAAGAUCUUUCUGUAUUUUCUAGCCUUACCACCAUUCAAGGGCGGUCGCUCCACAAGCGUUUCUCCCUGAUGGUGAUGCGCAUCCCCACUCUGACCUCGCUGGGUCUGCGCUCUCUCCGGGAAAUCAGUGAUGGCAGUGUGUACAUCAGCCAGAAUGCCAACCUCUGUUAUCACCACACUGUGGACUGGACGCAGCUGUUCAGAGGCCACCGAGUUCGAGUCAACAGUCUGAACAACAACAAGCCACUCACAGAGUGUGUUGCUGAGGGUCACGUGUGUGACCCUUUAUGCUCAGACUCGGGCUGCUGGGGUCCAGGCCCGCAACAGUGUCUUUCCUGCAGGAACCACAGCCGCGACGGCACAUGUGUUGGAGGCUGUCAUUUUUACUCUGGCACUCCCAGAGAGUCUGCAGGUUCUGAUGGAGAGUGUGUCAGCUGUCAUCCAGAAUGCAAGCCUCAGCGGGGGGAAAUCAGCUGCACAGGACCAGGGGCCAAUGACUGUGUUGCUUGUACCAAUUUGCGAGAUGGUCCGUACUGCGUGUCCUCCUGUCCCUCUGGAGUUAAUGAUGGGCAGAGAGGGCUGAUUUUCAAAUAUCCCACUAAGGAAGGUCUCUGUGAGCCAUGUCAUCCAAACUGCACACAGGGAUGCUUUGGCCCGGGGUUAAAUGACUGUUUAGAGACAUCAAGGCUGACAGUGAGCAGCGGCCAGAUCACUGGCAUUGCUUUGGGGGUCCCAUCUGGCUUGAUUUUCUGCCUGGUGUUGUUUUUCCUGGGAGUUCUGUACCACAGGGGCCUCGCCAUCCAACGCAAAAGAGCCAUGAGGAGAUAUCUGGAGAGUGGAGAAAGUUUUGAGCCUCUGGGUCCUGGAGAAAAAGGGGCCAAAGUUCACGCCCGGAUUCUGAAGCCAUCAGAGUUGAAGAAAAUCAAAGUCCUCGGCUUUGGGGUCUUUGGCACAGUGCACAAAGGCUUUUGGACUCCAGAGGGAGAGUCUGUGAAGAUACCAGUGGCCAUUAAGACUAUCCAGGACAUCUCAGGCCAACAGACGUUCACAGAGAUCACUGAUUACAUGCUUUCCAUGGGCAGUCUGGAUCACCCCUACAUCGUCAGGCUGCUGGGAAUUUGCCCUGGCGCCAGCCUGCAGCUGGUGACGGCGCUCAGCUCUCAGGGCUCCGUACUGGAACACAUCAGGCAGAACAGGAGCAGCCUGGACCCUCAGCGGCUGCUCAACUGGUGUGUGCAGAUCGCUAAGGGUAUGUUUUACCUGGAAGAACACUGCAUGGUUCACAAAAACCUGGCUGCCCGGAACGUCUUGUUGAAAAACAACUACCAGGUCCAGAUCUCGGACUACGGCAUGGCAGACCUCCUUUAUUCCAAUGACAAGAAAUACAUCUACACAGAUGCAAAGACACCCAUAAAAUGGAUGGCACUUGAAAGCAUCUUGUUCCGGAGAUACACCCAUCAAAGCGAUGUCUGGAGUUAUGGGGUGACGGUGUGGGAGAUGAUGUCCUUCGGGGCUGAGCCGUAUGCCUCAGUGCAGCCUCAGGAUGUACCCGGCCUCCUGGAAAAGGGAGAGCGUCUGUCACAGCCUCACAUCUGCACCAUAGAUGUCUACAUGGUGAUGGUUAAAUGCUGGAUGAUUGAUGAAAUUGUAAGGCCGACGUUCAAAGAACUGGCGAGUGACUUCACAAGGAUGGCGAGGGAUCCACACAGAUACCUUGUUAUGAAGCUGGAAGGAGAAGAUGCAGCUCCAAGUGAGAUCUGCAGAAGAGAGUCUGAGAGAGGACUUCUGGAUCCAGAUUUAGAAGACCCAGAUGAGGAAGGACUGCAGGACGCUCUGGCUACUCCUCCUCUUCAGCACUCUCCAUCCUGGAGUCUGCCCCGUUCCCGCAUUAAUUCUUACAGGAGUGGGACAUCUCAGGCUACACCAACUGGAUACCUGCAAAUGACCCCGAGCCCUGUUAACAGCAUCCGCCAGCUUUGGUUUCACCGUGCCCGUCUGAGCUCAGUGCGCACGCUCCCAGACCAAUCAGAUUUCAGGAGAAGUGGUAGGGAGGCAGAGCUGCAUGUGGAGGGUUUACCGACUGGGAGAGGUUACAGGACAAGGUUUGACUCGGAAAGAAGUAAUCUUCGUGAUCCCGUUGGCCAACAAAGAAAGCUUUCAACUGCCUCAAGUCCAUCCUCUUACAAAGUGUGGACUGCAGGGGAAGAAGAGGAAGAAGUGGACCGCCAGGGCUACGUUCUUCCUGGGUCACUAAGCAACUCAGACAGAGUUUUCAGGAUCUGUAAGUCUGGACAAAGGAACUCCAGGUUGAAAAGUAACCUGGUGCUUGUGGUGACAAACCCCCAAGAAUAUGAAACCAUGAACACAGGACCAAUUUCUUCCCCCUGUUUAACCAGCAGUGAGUCACAAAAUGGAGAUGGCUUUCUGGUGACGUGUUGUAGUGAUGCAGCGUUGCCCUCCCCAACACUCAUGGCCUUGUCACAUAUGGAGGACACAUCCCAUGAAGAAUCAACUAGAAGUAAUGAAGUCUACUCCAGCAAAACUGCAAACAACCAAAGAGAUUCUACAGACGCAAAUCCGGACAUAAACGGCCAAGCAGAGACAGACCACAAGAGUGGCAGGUAUGAAUACAUGGAGAUCACAAGGUCCAACUCUUCAGACGAGUUUGAUCCGAAGUUGGAUGUGAAUCAAAGUCAGGUGUUGGCUGUAAAGACAGAAGAAGCAAAUCAAGCAGUUGAGGUUCUGAAAAACCAGCACAAGGAGGAGGAAGAAAUGGCGAAGAGCCAUGACCCAAACCAUCAGUCCACUCUUCCAGAGGAUCUGAGCUGUGGGGUCACUCAUGCACCAGAUGUGCUGGUAGCUGGAGGAGGCAAAGUGGAAGAGUAUGAGGAGAUGGUUUUUGGAGUGGUGCCUGCUGGGUGGGGGUGCACAGAUUAUGAGAAUCUCCCAGUGAAGGGAAGGGCUUUUACUGAGAAGGCUGGGGAUUACAUCAAGGUGUGUUCUGGCAUGAGGGAUGCAGGCAACAACACAUCCUUUGAUAACCCAGACUACUGGCACAGCAGGCUGUUCCUCAAACCAGAUGCUGUGCUCACCUAACAAAACUGCUGCAGAUACACAAUUUACAGACGUAAAAUGCUGUCAUACUUGGUUAGACUAGGUUUGAUGUUGUGCUACAUGUUUGCAUAUAUUUUUUAAGGAUACAUGUUUUUAAGUAUGCUUUUAUUUUGUAACUAUUUUGCAUCAUGUUAAAACUGCUAAAAAAUGAAAACAAAAAAUAUUGCAGAUUAAUGGGGACACAUUUGAAAUUGCAAUAAUCUGAACAGGUAAACAUAAUCUGCCUAAGUGAAAUGGCUCCUAUAAAAUGCUCUCUGUACUUCUCAUAUACAUUUUAUAAUUUGUGCUGAUUUUUUUUAAUCCAGUUUGGUGUUAUGCAAUCUUUUUUUUAAGUUCUGCCUUUUUUUAAACUUUGUUUUAAAAAAGAGAAAUCAUUCUUGUAUUUGUGAAUGUACUUUUUAUACCUUAUAACUAUAUAAAAAAAAACUAAAAAGAAAUGAACUUGCAUUUAG